AAACUCGGUCGAAACUGUGUAUAGCAGUGGUUUAAUAGGUUUUCAUGCUAUUUUUCCGUAUUUGCUUAUUUGGGCAGUUUAAACGUGUCUGUCAUUGACAGCAAAGCAGGAUUAACAUGCGAAAAAUUAAAUGCUUUAAUCCAGCAAAAAAUGUACAUGGAUAAAUUAAUAUAGAUUCAUUUUUAACGUUUACCCCAAAGGAUUAUUUAGAUAUCAGGAAAUACAUUAUUUUUAAUAGAAUCAGUGAUUUAAAUCGAGUCAUUUAAAUACAAUAUCAUCUCUUGGAUUUACGUACAAUAUUUUAAUCGCUAAAUUGUGAUAAACCCCAUUGUUAGGGCGAGAUAAAAGUUGUAAAUAGUCGGAAUAAUCUUGUUUACAGAAAGUGUAUUAAAGCUAAUAAAUUCGUUUGUAAAAUAAAAAAAAACCUGAACAAGAAACGAUAGAUAGGGACAUAAAUAAAGUAUACAAAAUAUUUAAUUAAAUUGAAUUGAUUCAGUGUUCAAGACUGGAAUAUUUAUUCUAAUGCAAUCAAUGUAUAUAACCGGACCCCUGUUAGUGAAACGCCGAUGUCAGAUAUGACAGUGCACGGCGAUAGGCCUCAUUGCUCGGACCGGGCAGGCCGCAGGGGCCUCACACCUCUCGUUAACGGAGAGCGUGAAUUGCACGAACGUCGUGGGAACAUGUUGAUAAACGGGGUACGAGAUUUGCACGGAGUUCGUGGGCCCCUUCUUGUAAAUGGAGAGCAAAAACUUGAAGGCCCCACUCUUGAAAAUCUUACUCUCAGUCAGUCAUGGAACGGUUGCAUAUGGCAAAUUCAGCCUACUUCUCCAGACAAUAAUAAGGUAUCACCUGGAAGUAAUGCACUGUUACAUACAUUCCCUAUGUCCGGUAAGGUUAGAGACAAUGCAUUCAUUCGUAGGGACUCAUUGUUGUCAAAAUCACGUGACUCACCUCCAAUCUCUGUUGGAAGUGUAGAAAGACCAAGUAGUGUUGAUAGACUAAGUAAUGACAGAUUGAGCACUGAUAGAAUCAGCACAGACAGGCUGAGUACAGACAGGCUCAGUGGUGACAGACUAUCAAAUGGUAGUGAAAGGAAUAGAUUCGCGACAAGUUAUGACGACGAUAGUCUUACGACGGCCAGUUCAAACUUUGACAGUUCCGAACAGGAGGAAGAGUAUGUGACUUUAGACAGGAGCUAUGUGUUCCCAAGAUCGUUCAGAAACCAACCUCUGUCGCAUCACUCCUCUAUGAUAGACUUAAAGCAUAAUUCUCUGUAUUCACCGAAAAUAAAUAACAACGAAAUCGCAAGCCAAAGUGCCAGUACUAGAACCAUACCUCACCGGAAGUUCAGGGGAACGCUCAGGAGUGUUUCCGUUAACGAGACAGACCUUGACUCUGUCGAUGUUGAUGGAAAAUCUAUACCAUGGGCUAAACGAAGCCUAAAACGAAUUUAUGAAAACAUUGGUGAAGCAUUAAAUAAAAAACAUAACAAUGUCAAAUCUUCAUCUGAAGAUAAAAUAUCAAUUCAAAGCGGGUAUGUAGGAAUUAGAAACGACCUUAGUUCAAGUGAAUCAAAUAGUGUAAAUACUGAACCCAUUCCUGAUUCAGAGCAAAUACAAAAUCCAGGAAAAUUUAGAAAACGUAGUAAGUCUCUAGGAGAACUUAGACUUUUUGGUGAAGAAAAUGAAAACGAACUUGAUACAGACACUAGUGACGUGGACGGGGACGAUUUUGGAUUUUUAUCACAUCCUUUUAUUCAUUCUACUCCAGCUAUGCAAAAGUCGAAAUCUCCCUCUGUCCAUCAUAGAAUACUGCCGAAAAGAUGGAGAAGUAAACCUCGAACAUCCACGGCCGGCCAGUGUCUCUGGAGUCCAGAGGGUAACUGUUCAUGGUGCAAUGUAAGCGGACGGAGGGUUGUACUUCGGUCUGUCAGUUUACUGCAGCUGUCGGAGGCAGAGAGGCUUGCGCUGCAGAAAAUAGUUCUUCAAAAACUUCAGUCAGAAGAUCUCGGAUGUCCUGUUGUAAUACCAAAAGAACAACGAGAAUCUGGCAGAAGAAAGAAGCAUUUAUUGUCAAUCAAGCGGAGUAAGUCUGCCAACCUAAGUGGGUUCAUUCAUAGUCUGUCCGAUAGGGAGAAAGAUAACCAGACAUCAGGUCUUGUGUUUGGAAUACCAUUGCAAAAAUGUAUCGCAAAUGACGCUGAACAACGCAAACGUAACAGCUCAGCUUUAAAGGAACGUAAAGGUUCUGACGUCAUUUUGACACGACAAGGACCUCGAAAAUCUAGCAGUUCGUCACAGGGGUCCUUAGAAAACAUAACUCAUAAUGGGACAUCAUUUUCGGAGAGCCAGAAGAGAAAUGCUAGUAGCGACUCACUGUCGGAAUCCGAGAACAGUCGGAACAAUUCUAGUCUUAUCGAUGCCUUGGUUUUAUCAAACAGCCGCAGCGACAAUCUUGGGCAAGAUUACCUCCCUUUAUAUGCUACUGGACCACCACAGGUCCCGCACAUCGUCCGAGUGUGUUUUAAACAUAUAGAAACUUAUGGUUUACGGGUAUUGGGUAUAUUUAGAGUCGGGUCAUCAAAGAAAAGAACGAAACAAUUACGGGACGAGUUCGAUACAGGGAGAGAUGUGAAGCUAAACGAGUCACACAACCCACACGAAGUAGGCUCCGUCCUUAAAGAGUACUUCAGGGACCUUCCCGAACCCCUUCUAACCAGGGAUCUAUAUUCACCCCUUAUUGCAGCUAGAGGUUUAUAUGACGUCGAAAAACAGGUUGAAGUAACCCGGAUGUUGAUUUCACUACUUCCGGUGGCAAACCGCGACACCUUGUGGGCAUUGUUACAAUUUUUGUAUAAGGUUGCCGAACAUUCCACCGAUGUUUUGGAUGAGAAUGGCCAAACAUUGCCAGGUAACAAGAUGGAUUCUCACAAUUUGGCAACAUUGUUUGGCCCUAACAUUCUACACAAGUCCAAGUCGACUGAGAAGGAGUUUAGUGUUGAAAGUGUGGAAAGAUUAGAGGAGAGAAAGGAAGUGAUAGAGGUUGUACAAGCAAUGGUUGAUAAACAUCAACAACUUUUUCAGAUUCCAGCUAGCUUACACGAUGAGAUAUUAAAGUUGCUACUGGAAACCGAUCCGGAUACCACAGAACAAAUACUCAAAAGAAUUUCUAGUGAUAAUGGGAUCGAACCAGACCCAGACACUUCUAGCAGUCUCUUUGAUGACAGUGACGCCUCCUUGCCACAUUCGCCAGUCAGUGAAAAUAACUUACAUAUAAAAGAACCAUGUGGACUACAAUCUACCCCGACAUUACGGGUUGCCAGAAGUGCCGAAAUUCUUACACCUGUUGCUAGGCGGAAAUUCUUUUAUUCUCCCCCGGAAGAGGAGAAAGUACACCAGAGACGCAAAAGUGACGUAAAUAAUCCCAUGGAACGCCCGAAGUUCCAUCUUGUGAUUGAAAACUCUCCCAGCCCACCGGAAGUGAAUAAAACACCACAAGUUUCACGAACUACGCGCAAUAAAAUGACACGUGACAAUUCUAGUCCAGAUCUAUCUUCGAGGCCGCAUUCUAUUCAUAUUGAACGACCUCAUUCUGAACUGUAUUGUACACCGAAAACAUUAUCCAUUCCCCCACCUAGUUAUAUGAGACUUCAUUCUGCAGAACCAUGUAGAUCAAAUUCAUCGAAUCCACCGUCACGUUCAGAAAGUUUUAAUAGUUCAAAUUACGGUGGAGGUCGGGCUGGGUCGAGCUCUCCACGAGUGACGUCAUCAAUUCAGAGACCUUUAAACUUUAAUCGGGGUACACCGGAAGUAGAAAAUGAAUGGCAGAAAAAUAGAUGGCGGCAGUGGGACGAUAUGGCGGCUGACAAGCCAGUGGAAGGAUAUGAACAAGAAACUCUUGUGUGAAUUCAUAGAUCAGGAAUAUAUUGUAAAUACGGACAAUGUGGUCAGAUAAUAGAACAAAGUGGUCAGUAAUUAAAGACAGAGUGACCAAUGACAAAGUUUUAAGGCUCAGCUUUUUAUAUUUAAGUGGCAUUUUUGGAAUUAUAUUUUGUGUGUUUCCGUCACAGAAGAGACGGGAAUAAAUGCCGUUGUUACUGUAACCAUUAUGUGCUACUAACUCUAAACAUAAGAGAAAAUAAUUUUUAAUGUACAUAUAUAUAUUUAUAUUUUGUAUAUGGCGGGUGGGGUUUAUCAUCAUGUAAUAAUGCAAUAAUCAUAUGUAUAUGCAUUUUUAGACAUUUGAAUUUUAUGCAAUAACAUAUUAUGCAAGAUAGAAUCAGAAAUCCAAGAAAAGUUUACAUCAUUAUAAGAUACGAAACUUGUGCUAUAUAUAGUUAAACUGUUAACUGCCUGUACCGGAAUGAAACAGAAAAUAAUAAUAUAUAUACCUGAUUUAUUAAACUGGAUUAUACAGAAAGUAUACAUGUUGUUCAAAUAAUCAUCAUUCUUAUUAUAUAAGAUGAUUCUCAUUAAAUCGAAUCUUCAUUUUUAUUUGUUAUGGCAAUUGUAGUCGCUUAAAAUUCUUUCUUUUUCUAAAACAUCGACAACUUUAUUGCAUAUUAACAAUUUAACAGACUGUUUAAGAAAACCAGGGUCGGCAUUUUCUAGGACAUUUCUGUGUAAUAUACGUUAUUCGUUGUUAUACGGAUAUACAGAAAUGUUAUAUACGUUGCUUUCUUGUGACUAUGGAGCGUUCUAGGAAUUUCCCCCAAAAAAUAUUAAAUCUUUAUAUUAUUGAUAGGUCACUGACUCCUGUACGUUUUACAACAUUAGAAAUCAUUCUUGUUAUUCAAUAUAUGUUUCCGGGAUAUGCAAAAUCAUUGCUUAAAUGUUCAGGUAGGGCAAUUAUAAUUCGUUCGUUUCACAUUCCUGUUAAGUUGUAUCACAUACUGUAAACACCGAUACUGGCAGUAAAUAUUGUACCAUUUCCUGUUAAAUUUAUCAUCUCUGUUUAUUUGAAUAUUUAAUUUCUUGUUGAAUUAUUAUUUUUUUGUUCAGUAUUAGAGAAACUUUAAAGCUAUAUACCUCAGUUGGACUCGUAGGGCUUUUUGCCAGUUUGGAAUAACUAGUUUGUUUUAUUAGAACAAUCAUGCUAUAAUGUUUUUUUGUCAAUUAUUGUUGUAAUAGGCAAGUUUGAUGAUGUAUGUUUAAUUUUACACACACUUUAGUGCUAUUUAUGUUCUUAAUCUGUAGUUAUCUCCCUUUGAUUAUAUAAAAUACAUAAGGAAGUCGGAAAGGUUUUGAACUAUGAUACAUAAUAAUAUAUUUUAAGUAAAAAACAAUGUAUAAGAGUAAAUUUGCUUUAUAAAUUAAGGACAGAUAAAAUAUCGUAAGGUUCAAAAACAGUGUUGGGGUUGAAAAAUCUGAGUAAAUUAUCAUUCAACACAAGCCUGGGUCAAACUUAUAUUUGAAAAGGAAAUAUAACUAAAAAAAAGACAAAAUCCUGAAAAUACUUAGUGAUAUGAUUUAAUUUUCAAGCCAGAAUCUGUAAUACCCACUUAAUAGAUACCCCUGCAUAUAAAUGUACUUAAAAUAUAAACUCAUGGCAGAUGUUUUCUGAGGAUUUCUUUAAAUUCAAACAUUUUUCUUCAGAAUAUUUUCAGUAUUUUGUAUCAUUUGUGUUAAUUUGCAAAUCAUUGAGGUCACUAUCAUUACGUGGUGUAAGAGGAGGAACUUUGUGGGGUAUAUUUAUUUAGACUCUAUAUUGUUGAUAUUAAACUGAAAUCUGUGUUCAUAUUAUGCUUUUUGUUCACGAAAAGCGGCAAUAAAAGAAUAAAAGACUUA